AUGUCGUCCAAGAAGAACAGAAAACAGCCCAACCGGAGCGCCGACAGGGGUUCGCCCUCGCCCUCGCCCUCCGCGGCCCGCUCUCCUGCGGGGGCCUCGGCGGCUCCUGCCGAAGCCGGCUUCGCGGCGGCGACCGGGACUCUGGCGGUGAUCAACUUCUUAGAGAAGGAUGACAAAGUUCCUAAAAAGUUCCAGAAUUCCCUUGUUCAACUUGGACUUGGCACCAUGAAGUCUGCAAAUAUAUGUAUAGGUCGACCAGUGCUGCUUACCAGUUUACAUGGAAAACAAGAGGUCUACACAGCCUGGCCCGUAUCAGGAUUUCCUGGAGGCAAGGUCGGCCUGAGUGAAAUAGCGCAGAAGAAUGUGGGUGUCCGAGUUGGUGAUGCCAUCCAUGUGGAGCCUCUUUUGGGUGCUGAGCUGCAGGCUGAGGAGAUGGAUGUGGCACUCAGUGACAAAAAUGUGGAUAUUAAUGAAGAACAAUUGGCUGGUUGUCUUUUGAGAAAACUAGAUGGCAAGAUUGUUUUACCUGGCAACUUCCUAUACAUUACUUUCUAUGGACGACCGUGCAAGUUGCAAGUGUUGCGAGUGAAAGGGGCAGACGGCAUGAUACUGAGAAGGCUUCAGAGUGACUCUGAUACUGAUGCUCAGGGAAUGGCCUCAAAACGGGGCAGCAUAGAAGCCAGUACCCUGGAUGUGUCCUUACAGCUAAGCCAGCUGGAUCUGGAAGAGCCUCAGGUCCCAUCGUCAAGCAGUAUUCCCUGCAAACCAUUAGAUGACAGAAUAAAUAAAGCUGGUGACAUUUUGUCGGAUGUCACACAGAGUCCUGGUGGCAGCAGUGGGCUCGGGCUAGAGGAAGUCACAGGUCUUGAAUGUAGCUUUGCAUCUGCCAGAGAAGGAAAUGAGUACCUUAUCGAUGAAGAGAGAUUGCUGAAGUCAGCCCGUCUGGGAGCAAAGUGCAACACUGAUACUUUUUAUUUCAUUUCCUCAACAACGAGAGUCAAUUUCACAAAAAUUUGUACAAAUUCAAAAGAGCAAGACAACUCAUUCAAAGUAACUUAUGACAUGAUAGGAGGCUUAAGUGGUCAGCUGAAAGCAAUUAGAGAAAUAAUUGAACUUCCUCUCAAGCAGCUUGAACUAUUUAAGAGUUACGGAAUUCCUCCCCCUAGAGGAGUGUUACUGUACGGUCCUCCAGGUACUGGAAAGACAAUGAUUGCCAGGGCUAUUGCUAAUGAAGUUGGAGCCUAUGUUUCUGUAAUAAAUGGUCCUGAAAUUAUAAGCAAAUUCUAUGGGGAAACUGAAGCAAGGUUACGUCAAAUAUUUGCUGAAGCCACUCUGCGGCACCCAUCGAUUAUUUUUAUCGACGAGCUGGAUGCACUGUGCCCAAAAAGAGAAGGGGCUCAGAAUGAAGUGGAAAAAAGAGUUGUAGCUUCACUCCUGACACUGAUGGAUGGUAUUGGUUCGGAAGGAAGUGAAGGACAGGUGUUAGUCAUUGGGGCCACAAAUCGCCCUCAUGCUUUGGAUGCUGCACUCCGCCGACCUGGACGAUUUGAUAAAGAGAUUGAGAUUGGAGUUCCUAAUGCUCAGGACCGGCUAGACAUCCUUCGGAAACUGCUUCGAAGGGUGCCACAUGCACUCACCGAGGCCGAGCUGCUCCAGCUGGCAAACAGUGCUCAUGGAUACGUUGGGGCCGACUUGAAAGCCUUGUGUAACGAAUCAGGCCUCUAUGCCUUGCGGAGAGUCCUGAAGAAACAGCCUGACCUCCCUGACAGCAAGGUGGCCGCAUUGGUGAAGAUCACUCUGAAUGAUUUCUUACAGGGAAUGAAUGAUGUCAGGCCCAGUGCCAUGAGAGAGGUUGCAGUUGAUGUCCCAAGUGUAUCCUGGUCAGAUAUAGGAGGACUGGAAAAUAUCAAACUGAAAUUGAAACAAGCUGUGGAAUGGCCCUUGAAACAUCCAGAGUCUUUCACCCGAAUGGGUGUUCAGCCUCCUAAAGGAGUUCUUUUGUAUGGGCCCCCUGGAUGCUCUAAAACGAUGAUUGCAAAGGCUUUGGCCAAUGAAAGUGGACUGAAUUUCCUCGCCAUAAAGGGGCCUGAAUUAAUGAACAAAUACGUCGGUGAAUCUGAAAGAGCUGUGAGAGAGAUCUUCCGCAAAGCGAGAGCGGUGGCCCCUUCCAUUAUCUUCUUUGAUGAGCUAGAUGCCUUGGCGGUUGAAAGGGGCAGUUCUUCAGGUGCUGGGAAUGUAGCUGACCGUGUUUUGGCUCAGCUCCUAACGGAGAUGGAUGGCAUUGAACAAUUAAAGGACGUGACGGUUUUGGCAGCUACUAACCGCCCAGAUAGGAUAGACAAGGCUUUGAUGCGUCCUGGGAGAAUCGAUAGAAUCGUCUAUGUGCCUUUACCAGAUGCAGCAACAAGGAGGGAGAUAUUUAACCUGCAGUUUCACUCUAUGCCAAUCAGUCAGGACGUUGACCUGAAUGAACUCAUCCUCCAAACGGACACGUAUUCAGGAGCAGAGGUCAUAGCCCUCUGCAGGGAGGCUGCCCUUCUGGCGCUGGAGGAAGACAUCAAAGCCAAGUGCAUCCGGAGAAGACAUUUCACUCAGGCCUUGAGCACCGUGACGCCCAGGAUUCCAGAGUCACUGCGGCGUUUCUACGAAGAGUAUCAAGAGAAGAGUGGGCUUCACAUGCUGUGAAAGCUCCCACCUAGUCACUGUGCCCACGGUGCUUU